AAUGAAGAUAGCUACCGAUGGGUCUGGGGAUAUGGUAAUCCUAGUGAUGGUGAAAUCAAGAAGAUAGACCUAUCUAUUGAACAUAUACUCGACACUCUCGAUCGUGAUGGUCCGUUCGUGGGCAUUGUCGGUUUCUCAUCCGGCGCUGCUAUGGCAGCGAUCAUUACAUCUUUACUCGAGAAAAGGCGAAGUAUCUGCGGCAUUACUUGGAAGGCGCAUCAUCCCAGCCUCAGCUUUUCCGUUUGUCUCAGCGGGUUUGUAUUGGGACCGCUGUACGAGCAGAUCUACACACCAUUUAUUUCUACACCAACGUUGCUCGCUAUCGGCUCCUACGAUCCAGUCAUUUUACCCGCUCAGACCAGGGAACUGGCAGCUCAAUGCCAGAAUGCGAAGGUUUUUGAAUUUCCUGGAAUCCACUAUGUGCCGCAGAGCAAAGAAUUCCUACAGUUUUGUGUAUCCCUCGCCCACUUUUUGGACGACGUACUAGACCCUCCACGGGUUGAACUAUCAGCAUCUCCUGGAGAGAAGCAUGAUACGGCUUUACAGACUGGACAGUGUUUGAGGUAUCUUUGA